UUUUGGGUAUUCUAGGGUUCUCUUGGCAGCGAGGUCGGAUCAAUCGAUCGAGCAGCGGGCGAGGGCGCCGGGCGGCAGUAGCAGCUGUUCUAGGAUGUCUUCCUUUUCUUUCGCCGGGACGCAGCAAAAAUGCAAGGCAUGCGACAAGACAGUCUACUUGGUGGAUCAGCUCACUGCCGAUGGCGUCGUCUAUCACAAAGCGUGCUUUCGAUGCCAUCACUGCAAGGGGACAUUGAAGCUUAGCAAUUAUGCUUCGCUGGAGGGCGUCUUGUAUUGCAAGCCCCAUUUCGAUCAGCUCUUCAAGCUCACGGGAAGUUUCGAUAAGAGUUUCGAGUCAGGACUUCUACACAAGCCCGUUGGCGAAGAAGCGAGCAAGACGCCUUCCAAGACAUCGCUCUUGUUCUCUGGGACUCAAGAAAAAUGUUUUGCUUGCGGGAAAACUGUGUACCCGAUCGAGAAGGUCACUGUUGAGAACACAUCGUAUCACAAGUCUUGUUUCAAAUGCAGUCACGGCGGCUGCACGAUAUCUCCCUCGAACUACCAAGCUCACGAAGGCCGGCUUUACUGCAGACAUCACUACGCUCAGCUCGUCAAGGAGAAAGGGGACUUUAGCAAUCUGUCCAAGACACCCGGAAAGGCAGCAGCGAAGUGAAGCGGAUGAAUCGAAGAUCACGGAAAAAAAAAAGACAGAGGAGAUUGUUUGGAGUCUACCAUUUGCAAGGUUUGAUUGAAAACGCUGCUGCCGAGGUGAGUGGUGGAUUGAAUUGUGUGAUGUAAACGAAAAGAGAGAGUAUAUAUUUCCUAGAGGUGUGGUUUCGUUUGUUUAUAAACGAGACUGUAUAAAAUCGUCGAGCUUCUCUUUUUUGUGUUCUAUGGAAUGAAAAUAAAACUUUUGUA